GGUUACUGUGUUUCCACAGUAUCAGUUCCGGCUUAUUUCGCAACAGCUGAAACUUUUUGUCAAAAUAUUAGCGGCCGUCUCAUGAUAGUUGACAACUUAGAAAAAUUUCAGUUUUUUGACAGCUACACGGCAGCACACAAUUUGACCCACACAUGGAUAGGAUUGGACGACAGGGCAGCUGAAGGCACCUACAUGUGGUCUGACCAAACACAAGCCAACACUUCAGAAAUUUUAACACUUUUCCUUGCCGGAGAACCAAACGAUAACAGAGGCAACGAAGACUGUUGUGAGUUUUUGCGUAAAUCUGCAUCAGCAGUCGGUCUCAACGAUUUGCCGUGCAACAGAUCCAUUUCGUUCAUCUGUGAAUAUGUCGUUUAG